AUGGCCACGCUCAACACCUCCAGCAACGGCCCCAACAUCACCCGGAGCUACCAGAAUGUUGUCAACGCUCCUCCGCCAUCUGGUGCCCAGGCGAGCUCCCCGACUUACGGGCAAUGGGCCGUCUUCACAGUAGCUGCCCCGCUCGUCAGUGCCUUCCAGCAAGAUGGCGGAAAAGAAAGCGUACUCAAAGUCCAAAGCACAGGAGAGGGUGAGCUAGUCGACUUGAUCGACGAGUUCUCAGAUGGUCGAAUUCAGUUUGCAUUCGUCAAAGUCAAGGACCCAAAUACGUCGCUGCCCAAGAAUGUCCUCAUUGCAUGGUGCGGUGAGGGUGUUCCAGAGCGAACAAAGGGCUACUUUGGCAGCCAUCUCACAGUCGUUUCAAAGCUUCUACACGGAUACCACGUCCAAGUCACCGCCCGCUCCGAAGCCGACCUUACUCCAGAGAAAAUUGUGCAGAAAGUUGCAGAUGCAUCAGGCGCAAAGUACUCCGGCGGCGGAGACAUUCCCGUUUCAAGCGGCCCACCCCCCGUUGCGAAGAAGCCCGUCUUCACACCCAAAUCAAUAGGAGGCGGAGGUGCUGGAUUCAACCCAUUGGGACGCUCGCGUGCAUCGGCACCAAAAGCUGAUGAGGAUGCCGACGGGUGGGGUGCGGAUGCCCCGCAGGUCUCCAGGUCACAGCUGGAGAAGGUUGGAACUGCAUACACGCCCACCAAAGUGAACAUGGCAGAACUUACUGCAAAGAAAGACGAUUCGACUAGCGGCGACCGACCCGAAGUCGUCAGGGGCGCAUAUCAACCAGUCGGUAAGGUCGAUAUUGCCGCUAUUCGAGCUCAGGCGCGUGAGGCCAAAGACGACCGACCCACCGUGGUCAAGGGCGCAUAUGAGCCAGUGGGAAAAGUUGAUAUUGCAGCUAUUCGCGCUAAGGCUCAAGCCGCUCCUCCCUCGUUGUCUCCGGCUGCAACAGGAUCCAAUGGCGAGGAGGAAGAGAAGCCCAAAUCGCUCGCGGAAAGGUCAGCGGCCUUUAGCUCGCAGCCCGAACGCUUGACCAGUAUGCCAAAGCCAAAGGUUGCCAACAAGUUUGCGGGCGCCAGCACAUUCACUGGAACCAAGGCUCCCACGCCUGGAGGUUUCGGUGCAAAGCCCGUUGUUCCUGCACCGCUCGUCGGCGCCGCAAGCAAAACCUUUGCCGAUGAGGGAGGAAAGACACCUGCUCAGAUCUGGGCUGAAAAGAAGGCAGCUCGUGGCCAGCCUGUUCGGUCACCUACUGCUGAUGUUGGAAGCCGCCCAGCUCCUCUGCAAAGCCAACAGAGUGGAGGCGGUGGCUGGCAAAGUGGUUACUCUGGCAAAUCAUGGGCACCUGUUCAGACUACCCGAACAGGUCAGUCUGUAACCAGCAACCCCAAUGACCAGCCAGAGGAGCCAGCUUCUCCCGCAGCUGGUGGUGUGAGCUCCCUGAAAGAUCGCUUCACAGGCGCUGCACCCAUGGGAGCGCCAACAUCACGCCCUGUACCCGAGCCACAAGCUUCAAGCCCACCACCACUUGACACAUCCAGCAAGCCCAAUGCAGGCAUACGGGGAGGUGUUCCCAUGCCGGGCCUGCCCAGCCGCCCCAAGGAGCCAGAAGAGGAUGAUGUGCCUGCCACUCAGCACCAACGCGUCCCCUCUCCACCAGCAGUGCCCCGCAGCCCAUCUCCCGAACCUUCUGGUUCACCUGUUCGCAUCGCUAUGCCUGUUGCUCGGGGAAGGCAACCGGAAGAAAUGGCUCCUGCCGAGGAACACGCGCCACCUAUGCCUGCUCGAUCCCUCGAGCAAGCAGCUAAGCAAUCUCGCGACAUGUCCCCAGAGCCUCAAGUGGAAGCCAAGGAUCCUGCUCGUGGUGCUGGUGCCGCUGUUGCAGCUGCUACCUUCGGCGCUGCCGCGGUAGGCGGUGCAGCUGUUGGCGCUGCCAUUGCUGCUGGUCACGAUGACGAUGAGGGUGCAGCUGCAGGCGGCUCAGGCAAGCGUGCAGUCAUCCAAUACGACUACGAGAAGGCAGAGGACAACGAAGUCGAGCUCCGCGAGGGUGAAUACGUCACUGAUAUCGACAUGGUAGACGACGACUGGUGGAUGGGCACAAACUCUCAAGGCGAGCGUGGUCUGUUCCCAGCCAACUAUGUCGAGUUGGUCGAAGAUGAGGACAAUGGCGGUGCUGCACCACCACCACCCGCACAUCCCUCAGCACACGAGCAAGAGCCCGCCGCAGCACCCGCUGCUAGUUCCGGCCCCACCGCCACUGCACUUUACGACUAUGAAGCUGCUGAAGACAACGAGCUAAGCUUCCCCGAAGGCGCCACUAUCACCGGACUGGAAUUCCCAGACGAGGACUGGUGGCUCGGUAGCUUCAACGGCCAGUCUGGUCUCUUCCCCGCCAACUAUGUCGAGCUUGACCAGUAAAUUGCGUGUCAAAAUAUCAAUAUUACCCUUGGGGGAAUUGUCAGCAUAGGGGAGAUGUGGUAUGCUUUUGCAGCGACAUUCCGAGCCAACAGUGUAGGUACUAAAAAAGUCUGAACACACAAGUUCUUAAACAGUUUCAUCAUUCCAGCCAGAGCUUGUCUUGGCCCAAAUCACGCCUUUCGGAUGGAUAUCCUUUUGUACAUAAGUCGAAAAUCCUACGAUUGUUCACCUGC